UCUCUUUGCGUCUUGGUUUUCCCAAUACAAAUCUCUCAGUUCGUGUCCGCGAUUUAGAAAACUGAAACCCCAAAGAAGCAGCAAUAUCAUUUGCAGCAGCAGCAGUAGCAGCAACUGCUACAGCAGCAACAUCAAUCGCAGCAGCAGCGGCAGCAAUAAAAUCAAAACACGUUUUACUCCCGCACAUUGAAAACGCAUUUCCCAUACACAACAAGGAUUUAAUUUGCAAUCGAAAAACCACUUAAUUUGGUUUAUAAUUUCCGAAAAUAUUUGUGCUUGUGUUUUUUGAAUGAAAGUGUGUAACCAAAAAUAUGGAAAUUUCGCUCAUAAAUAUUGAUGUGUUUUAUUGAAUAUUUGUGUCUUUUACUUUUGAAGCCGGUUUCGUUUUUGUGUCGACAUUUUGCAUUAUUAAUUACAAUUUACGCUCAUCAAGUGGAAACAAGUCAAACAAAUUGAGAGACAAUUUCAAAACAACCAAAACUACAUAUGUCUGAACAAUAAAAGCUUCCGAACUGGUUUUGACGCAUCUCGACGUGUUUGCUUGGUGGUAAUGUGAUCGGCGAUCUUCGGCAGCAAUUAGAAGACUAAACAAAAGGAGAAAAGGCUUCGGUAAAGCAGCUUACCAACUGGCAACAAGCGAAGGCGUCAAAGGGAAUUGAAAGGCGUGCAGGCAAAUUGAAAAGGACUAUUCGCACACUGUGGCCAGCGGAGGAGGAGGAAAUCGAACCGAAUGCAGUAUCUCAACUACGCUCUGCAGACAUCCACGCGACUGCUGACGUACCAGGGCCCGAACCAGGAUCUCUAUCCUGACCACACAGCAGUUGCCUCCGCCCACGAGGAGGAAAUCAAGCACGCCUGCUGCAGUCGCGGCGCCCAGCUGCUGAGAUUGCGCCACCGAGAGCUGGCCAAGCGACGAGCUCUCGAGGAUCAGAUUAACGCCAACCAGGACCAGGACCAGGAGCAGGAGCAGGAGGAGGCGGUGGAGGAGGAGGACUCGCAGCAGGAACAGCAGGAGCAGCUGGAGAGCGAGCAAGGAGCCGUAGGCGGGGAGCAUCUGCAUCCGCAGCCAGUCCAAUGA